AUGGUGGUUGGAGACUCCGAGACUCAAGACUCGAGACUCAAAUCCUGCAUCCGUACUCUUUGGAUUAACAGAAACAACAAAGUCAACAGACUCACCAGUAACACCAGUAACAACAAAGUCAACAGACUCACCAGUAACACCAGUAACAACAAAGUCAACAGACUCACCAGUAACACCAGUAACAACAAAGUCAACAGACUCACCAGUAACACCAGUAACAACAAAGUCAACAGACUCACCAGUAACACCAGUUACAACAAAGUCAACAGGCUCACCAGUAACACCAGUAACAACCAAGUCAACAGACCCACCAGUAACACCAGUAACAACAAAGUCAACAGACCCACCAGUAACAACAAAGUCAACAGACUCACCAGUAACACCAGUAACAACAAAGUCAACAGACUCACCAGUAACACCAGUAACAACAAAGUCAACAGACUCACCAGUAACACCAGUAACAACCAAGUCAACAGACCCACCAGUAACACCAGUAACAACAAAGUCAACAGACUCACCAGUAACACCAGUAACAACAAAGUCAACAGACCCACCAGUAACACCAGUAACAACCAAGUCAACAGACCCACCAGUAACACCAGUAACAACCAAGUCAACAGACCCACCAGUAACACCAGUAACAACAAAGUCAACAGACCCACCAGUAACACCAGUAACAACCAAGUCAACAGACCCACCAGUAACACCAGUAACAACAAAGUCAACAGACCCACCAGUAACACCAGUAACAACCAAGUCAACAGACCCACCAGUAACACCAGUAACAACAAAGUCAACAGACCCACCAGUAACACCAGUAACACCAGUAACAACAAAGUCAACAGACCCACCAGUAACACCAGUAAAAACAAAGUCAACAGACCCACCAGUAACACCAGUAAAAACAAAGUCAACAGACCCACCAGUAACACCAGUAACAACAAAGUCAACAGACCCACCAGUAACAACAAAGCCAACAAACCCACCAGUUACAACAAAGCCAACAAACCCACCAGUUACAACAAAGCCAACGAACCCACCAGUAACAACAAAAUCAACGAACCCAUCAGCAGCCUGUAA